CUGUGGAUGUGAGGACCUUCCUCAUUACAGAGAGAUUGAAACCCAGGCUGCUAAUAAAGGGAUUUGCAUGUGGAUGUUGUGGAAGCUAUUACAGUCAGGUUUGGCUUGUUCCACUGGUGUCAAAAAGGUGGAUGUAAUUGUCCUGGAUCUGGUUGGCAUAGUCUGCAUGACACAAGCAGGACAGGCAGCUGGCGUGCUGGGGCUGUAUGACACGGGGUAAACCUGGGCUCCGGGAGCUCAGCAAUGGCCGGGCCGUGCCUCAGCCCCCAGCCCACUGCCAAGGAAUCCCUGAACAGCCUGGAGAGCAGGCUGCAGCCGGAGCUGCCUGAGGAGGUAGGGCAUGGGGCUGUGAUGGCGUAGCAGGGCACUGCACUGGGAGCAGAGGAAGCAGGUCCUUUCUCCAUUAAGCUUCUGCUGGACGUGCGGCUGGGGCCUUUCAGCUCUGAGACUGGGGCUGUGUGCUUUCCCGUGAGGUUUUCCUUGAGGUUCUGAAAGGUGCGGGGACGUGGUUGGGGCUGGAAACACAUGGGGGGAGCGCAGCCCUGCGGUGUGCUGUUUGUCUGAGCAGGAGGGUGGUGGCUUAGCCACGGCUCUGUGUCCCUCUCCUCCCAUCUGGAGCACCGAUGGGCUGUGCUGAGAAAGGGCUGAGGGACAGCGGAGGAAGGGUUGAGCUGAGGUCCUGGCUCUGGGAGCAGCCUCUGCCGCCGGCACACGCAGGAGGUGCGCUCGGGCAGCUUGCCGCGCCGCCGUCUCUGCAAGGGAGUGGCUUAUAACUUAUCAUAAUUAAUUACAGCACAAUGUGAGCGCGUUCGUGUUUGUUAUAAAUCAGCAGCUCCUAAAUGAUGAUCUGCAGAGGUUCAGAAAAGGCUGCUGCUGUUUGCAUGGGGCGACAGCCUCGCGCUCCCUGGGUUGGGGGUUGGCACGGUGCCUUGUCACCGGGCAGAGCGUUCGGAGGGGAAACCCUUCCUAGGGAGCAGAGCGUUGGGAGGCACAGCUUUGUACUUCCAGCGGAGCUUCCCCACGUGUGCAGGUUGAGAACUUGAAGGCAAAUCUCCGGGAGCAGGCGCAGGAGAUCGGCAGGCUGCGCUCAGAGCUGGGCGGCACGGAUGCGGAGAAGCACCGGGACCUGCUGGUGGCUGAGAACGAGCGGCUGCGGCAGGAGAUGAAGGCACGUGAAGGGGAGCUGCGGGAGCUGCGGCGGCAGCAGGCGGCGUGCCGGGACUGCACCCACCUCCAGGAGAACGCCGGGCUGCAGGAGCGGCUGUGCCAGCUGCAGAGAGAGGCGGAGGAGGCCCGAGCCAAGCUGGCGGAGCUGGAGCUGGAGGUGCAGCAGAAGACAAACCGCCUGGCCGAGGUGGAGCUGCGGCUCAAGGAUUCGCUGGCCGAGAGAGCACAGGAGGAGGAGCGGCUGAGCCGGCGGCUGCGGGACAGCCAGGAGACCAUUGCCAGCCUCAGGGCUCAGCCCCAGCAGAUAAAGUACAUCAUCAAGACGGUGGAGGUGGAGUCAGCCAAGGCGAAGCAGACCCUGUGUGAGAGCCAGUCCCGAAACCAAUACCUGCAGGAGCAGGUGGGGAUGCAGAGGCAGGUGCUGAAGGAGAUGGAGCAGCAGCUGCAGAGCUCCCAGAAGACAGCAGCUCAGCUCAGGGCACAGAUUGCCAUGUACGAGUCGGAGCUGGAGCGGGCCCACGGGCAGAUGCUGGAGGAGAUGCAGGUGAUGGAGGACGAGAAGAACCGUGCCAUUGAAGAGGCGUUUUCCCGCGCCCAAGUGGAGAUGAAGGCGGUGCAUGAGAACCUGGCGGGCGUGCGGACCAACCUGCUGACACUGCAGCCGGCGCUGCGUACCCUCACCCACGACUACAACAGCCUGAAGCGGCAGGUGCGGGACUUUCCCCUGCUCCUCCAGGAGACCCUGCGGAGCGCCAGGGCCGAGAUCGGGCAAGCCAUCGAGGAGGUGAACAGCACCAACCGGGAGCUGCUGCGCAAAUACCGCCGGGAGCUGCAGCUCCGCAAGAAGUGCCACAAUGAGCUGGUGCGGCUGAAAGGGAACAUCCGUGUCUUCGGGAGGGUCCGCCCCAUCACUAAGGAGGAUGGAGAGGGUCCGGAGGCGGUCAGUGCGGUGACGUUCGACGCGGAUGACGACGCCGUCCUGCACCUCCUGCACAAGGGGAAACAGGUGUCUUUUGAGCUGGACAAGGUGUUUCCUCCACAGGCAUCCCAGGAGGAGGUGUUUCAGGAGGUUCAGGCCCUGGUCACUUCCUGCAUCGAUGGGUACAAUGUCUGCAUUUUUGCCUACGGACAGACGGGGGCAGGGAAGACGUACACAAUGGAGGGAACUUCCACAAACCCAGGCAUCAACCAGCGGGCCCUGCAGCUGCUGUUCUCUGAGGUGCGGAGCAAGGCAGCCGACUGGGACUACGCCAUCAGCGUCAGCGUGGCUGAGAUCUACAACGAGGCACUCAGGGACCUGCUGGGGAAGGAACCCCAGGAGAAGCUGGAGAUCAAACUGUGCCCUGAUGGCAGCGGGCAGCUCUACGUGCCCGGGUUGACGGAGUUCAGUGUGCAGAGCGUGGAGGACAUCAAUAAGGUCUUCGAGUUCGGCCACGUCAACCGCGUGACGGAGUGCACCAACCUGAACGAGCACAGCUCCCGCUCCCACGCGCUGCUCAUCGUCACCGUCCGCGGCCUGGACCGCAGCACGGGGCUGCGCACCACAGGGAAGCUGAACCUGGUGGAUCUGGCGGGCUCGGAGCGCGUCGGGCGCUCGGGCGCGGAGGGCAGCCGGCUGCGUGAGGCUCAGUACAUCAACAGGUCGCUGUCGGCACUGGGAGACGUCAUCUAUGCGCUGCGCUCCCGCCAGGGCCACGUGCCCUUCCGCAACUCCAAGCUGACCUACCUGCUGCAGGACUCGCUCAGCGGGGACAGCAAGACCCUCAUGAUGGUGCAGGUCUCCCCCGCCGAGAAGAACAGCAGUGAGACGCUGUGCUCCCUGAAGUUUGCCGAGCGUGUGCGCUCUGUGGAGCUGGGCCCUGUGUCCCGCAAGGCCGAGCUGGUGUCCUGGCCCAGCCAGGAGCAGCUGGAGGGUGACUUGCCGGGAUCCUCCAGCCGGGGCCACGCAUCCCCCAGCCCCGGGCUGCCCAGCGGCCGCAGCACCUCCAUCCGUAGGAAGCUGCAGACCUCAGGGAAGCUGAGGCCGGUCCCCGUGUGACACAUGCUGCAGGACCUGGCCCCUCACCCACCUUGGUGCCCCGGCCAUGUUCGGAGCUGUGGCGGCAUCCCCUCCUGCCAUGGCACCUCUCACCGUGAGACACGCAGCUCUGUGACUUCUAAUUCUUGCUGGACAGAUGGCUUUAGCCAGAGCAAGGAGCCUCGCCACCUCUUCAGCUUCGUUUUUAGGACGGUUGGGGUAUCUGGCUGGAAGGAUUGGGGCUGAGCACCCCCACCUCGCUGCGUUGGGGACACCACUGCUGCAGGAGCUUGGCAUGGAGCAGAGAGCACCUGGAUGAAGUGCAGGACGAGGUUUGGUUUGGCGUGACUGUGCCCAGCUCCCUGCCACAAGGUCCUGUUCCACCCCUUGCCACCCACUCCAGCCUCUUUUGGAGCAGCACGGCCCAGGUUUGAAGCCAGAAUAACCCCAGCCGUUGGAUUCUCCUGCCCAAUUGCACGAAGGCGCCCCGGUGCUGCUGCAUGCACCCUGCCCAAAGGGAGAGCAGCCGCAGGGCUGCCCCCCUGGCACCAGCAGGGCUUUGCAGUCUUGAAGGAAGCUAUUGUAAAGUGAUUCAACAGUUGUCUUCUCAAGAGAGAUCACAGUGUGGUCAAGAUGAAUGUGUUUGAAAUAUUUAUAACCUGUUUACAUGGUCUUGGAAUGGAAAGAAAAAAAAAACCCCUCCAGCCCAGUGCUGUUGGAGUAUGUGUAGUACUGGGGGGUGGCAGGGGCAUGGAGGAGCAGUGGAAGCCCCAGUGCAGCUCCUUGGGCAGCUGCAACCAUGCAAGGUAUGCACUGCACCUUCCAGCUCCUGCCCCUUCCACACCAUACCCUAUUAAAGAAAAA